AUGGAAAUUUUGCAAUACACAAAAAGGAUAUCGAAGCCGAGCUCGACGCCGACAGUGGAUGGCUUGAGAGUGGUCCUUGUAUUUUAUCUCCUCCCCACCUUGCUUAUUGUCCAAGCACAGAAAAGUUUUACUUUCAACCAAUUCAAUGCGUCAACCCUUUUAUUGUUUGGUAAUGCUUCAGUGCAGUCCAAUGCCAUCUCCCUCAAUCAACCAUCUGAAUCUAGAAUUGGCCGUGCCUUCUAUCGACAUCCCGUGCGUAUGAAAGAUCCUGGCUCUCUGAAUUCUACUUUCUCUUUCAGCACAACUUUUGUGUUUAGCAUUGUUCCUACUCCAGAUUCACGAAGUGGGGCUGGGCUGGCGUUUUUAAUGACGCCACACAGGUCUCCAGAGGGAUUUUUAGCAGCUCAGUACCUUGGCUUGAUUAGCAAUUUAUCAACUAUGGGAAAGGAAUCUAAUCAUCUGUUUGCAGUCGAGUUCGACACAAUGAAGAACUCGGAAUUGAUGGAUAUCAACAACAAUCACGUUGGUGUGGAUCUCAACGACCUCAUAUCUGUAGACUCUAAGGCUGCGGGCUACUGGAUUAACAGCAGCCAUUUCCAGGAAAUGGAUCUCAAAAGCGGACAGAAUAUUCAAGCUUGGAUUGAUUAUGACAAUUUUCAAAACGAGCUCAAAAUAACCAUUGCGGCAGCUGGUCUUGAUCGCCCACAAAAACCACUGUUAUAUAUGAAAAAUAUAUCCCUGUCCAACAUUCUAGAAUCAGAAAUCUACGUUGGUUUCUCAGCAGCUACGGGACUCGCUUUUGAAGAGCAUAACAUCCUGGCCUGGAGCUUUAGUACAAACGGAACCGCUCCGCCCCUGAAUACAUCUAAUCUUCCAUCCUUUAUACACAGAAAAUCCAAGAGCUCAAACUCCAGACUGGUAGCUGGCAUUAGCACAGCUUGCGUCGUCCUCAUUUUGCUGGCGGUGGCAGCAUCACUUGUUUGGUUGAAGAGAAAGCAGUACAGAGAUCUUAUCGAAGUAUGGGAGGUGGAAUAUUGGCCUCACAGGUUUAAGUACAAGGACCUACAUAUCGCAACCAAGGGCUUCCGAGACGAACGGCUUUUGGGAUCCGGAGGCUUCGGUCGAGUAUACAGAGGAGUUCUUCCCUCAAACGGCUUCCAAGUAGCGGUGAAAUGUAUCCUUAGAGAAACCGAUGAGGGGGUGAAAGAAUUCAUUGCAGAAAUCUCUAGUCUUGGUCGCGUUCAACAUCGAAAUCUUGUGCAGAUCAGAGGCUUCUGCAGGCGGAAGAAGCAGCUAUUCAUAGUGUAUGACUACAUGCCAAAUGGGAGCCUGGACAAGAUGAUAUUUGGAAAGCCAAAGAAAAUGCUGGGUUGGGAUCAGAGGUACAGAGUGAUCAGAGAUGUCGCUGCGGGUUUGUUGUAUCUUCACGAAGAGUGGGAGCAAUGCGUAGUGCACAGGGACAUCAAGUCCAGCAAUGUUUUGCUAGACUCGGAGCUGAAUGGGAAGCUAGGGGAUUUUGGGCUUGCCCGUCUGUACGAGCAUAACCAAAGCUCACACACCACUCGUGUUGUAGGAACGCUAGGGUACAUCGCACCGGAGUUCGUACAGAUGGGAAAGGCGAGCCCCGCCACAGAUGUGUUCAGCUUUGGUAUUUUUAUGUUGGAGGUUGCAUGCGGAAGGAGACCUGUUGAUCUUUCCCUCCAACCUGAACAAAUAGUUAUGGUGGACUGGGCGAGAGAGUUGCAUGGCGCAGGUAGUCUCGUGGAUGCAGCUGACCCAAAUCUUUGUGGGCAAUAUGUUGAAGCUGAAAUGCAAAGAGUACUGAAACUGGGGCUAAUCUGUUCCAGUCCUCAGCCAGAAGGCAGGCUUGGUAUGAGACAAGUUUUCCAAAUACUCAACGAAGAAGCUCCAAUACCAGGUUUUGAGUCUCCAUCUUAUUUGGAUACGACUCCACACGGCAGUACUCGUAACUCUUUUCCAUAUUACAGUACCAGCACAGAUGCUUCCAUUUCCAAGUCAAACUAGCUUUCUGGCGGUGUCACUUUAUUAGAUCAAUCUU